AUGAGCAAACCAAAAGUUGGAAUUAACGGAUUUGGCCGUAUUGGUCGUCUCGUAUUGCGGGCAGCUGUUGACAAGGAUGCUGUUGAUGUCGUUGCCGUCAAUGAUCCAUUCAUUGAUAUCGAUUAUAUGGUUUAUAUGUUCAAAUAUGAUUCGACUCAUGGCAGAUUCAAAGGUCACAUUGCAGCUGAAGGUAACAAGCUUGUUGUUUCUGCUCCUGGCAAAUCGACUCAUCAUAUCACCGUUCACAAUAGUAAAGAUCCGGCUGAAAUUCCAUGGGGUGCUGAUGGUGCAGAGUUCGUUGUUGAAUCAACGGGUGUGUUUACAACCAUUGAAAAAGCAUCAGCACAUUUGAAAGGUGGCGCAAAAAAGGUUGUUAUUUCUGCACCAUCUGCUGAUGCACCGAUGUUCGUUAUGGGUGUAAAUCACGACAAGUACGAUCAUGCUAAUAACCACAUCAUCUCGAAUGCAUCAUGUACAACCAAUUGCCUUGCCCCUCUUGCUAAAAUUAUUCAUGAUAAGUUUGGUAUCGUGGAAGGUUUGAUGACAACAGUGCAUGCAACAACAGCCACUCAAAAAACGGUUGAUGGUCCUUCGGGAAAACAGUGGAGAGAUGGUAGAGGAGCUGCUCAAAAUAUUAUUCCAGCAAGCACUGGAGCAGCCAAAGCUGUUGGAAAGGUGAUCCCAGCUCUCAAUGGUCUUUUAACUGGUAUGGCAUUUCGUGUGCCAACUGCUGAUGUAUCAGUGGUAGAUUUGACUGCGCGGCUGGCAAAGCCUGCCACUAUGGAUGAAAUCAAAGCUGCCGUUAAAGCAGCAGCUGAAGGCCCAAUGAAAGGCAUUCUUGGUUAUACUGAGGACCAGGUCGUUUCGACGGAUUUCAUUGGUGAUUCUCAUUCUUCAAUUUUCGAUGCGAAAGCUUGCAUCUCUUUGAAUCCGACAUUUGUUAAACUGAUCAGCUGGUAUGAUAACGAAUAUGGCUAUAGUUGUCGUGUCGUUGAUCUAAUUACAUAUGCACAUAGCAAACACUAA